UUCCCGGACUCCACCGGGGAAUUGGGAGGAAGUUCCGGAGAGCCGCGGCGCGCAAACGCGACACGCCAACCUUGCGCCAGCGCGCCGCAAGUGCGCAGGCGCCGCCACUCUGCUGCUCUUCCUCGUCCCUCUGCCUACAUCAGGCCGUCGGGUCUUAUGUCGCGCCGGGCCCUCCGGAGGCUGAGGGGGGAACAGCGCGGCCAGGAACCCCUAGGGCCCGACGCCUUGCAGUUUGUCCUCCCUGAUGACGAUGACGCAGAGGAAGAAGCACCAAAACCCGGGCUGGGUGGCCGGCGCUCUGGGGGUGCAGGGAAGGAAGGAGUCCGUGUCAACAACCGGUUCGAGCUGAUAAACAUCGAGGAUCUUGAGGAUGACCUUGUGGUAAAUGGGGAGAGGUCUGACUGUACCCUGCCAGACUCUGUGUCAUCAGGGAACAAAGGAAGGGCUAAACAUGGGAAUCCAGAGACCAAGCAAGAUGGAGAUGCAACCAAAGCAGGGUCCCCGGAACAGUCUAAUGCAAGUGGCAAACUCCGAAAGAAGAAAAAGAAGCAGAAAAAUAAGAAAAGCUGCACAGGAGAAUCUUCGGAAAAUGGCCUGGAAGACAUUGACCGCAUCUUAGAGAGGAUUGAGGAUGGCAGUGGGUUCAGCCACCCCGGCCCCGCUCCCCUGAGCUCCAGGAAGCACGUGCUGUAUGUGGAGCACAGACACUUGAAUCCAGACACAGAACUGAAGAGGUAUUUUGGUGCUCGAGCGGUCCUGGGCGAGCAAAGGCCUCGACAGAGACAGCGUGUGUAUCCCAAGUGUACAUGGCUGACAACCCCUAAGAGCACCUGGCCCCGAUACAGCAAACCAGGUCUGUCAAUGCGGCUGCUGGAGUCCAAGAAAGGCCUUUCUUUCUUUGCAUUUGAGCAUAAUGAGGAGUACCAGCAAGCACAGCACAAGUUCCUGCUGGCCGUGGAGUCCAUGGAGCCAAACAACAUUGUGGUUCUGCUCCAGACAAGCCCCUAUCAUGUGGACUCACUUCUGCAGCUCAGUGAUGCUUGCCGCUUUCAGGAGGAUCAAGAGAUGGCUCGAGACCUUAUAGAGAGAGCCCUGUACAGCAUGGAGUGUGCAUUCCACCCCUUGUUCAGUCUCACCAGUGGGACUUGCAGGCUGGAUUACCGCAGACCUGAGAACAGGAGCUUCUACCUGGCCCUCUACAAGCAGAUGAGUUUCUUGGAGAAGCGUGGCUGCCCACGCACUGCCCUGGAGUACUGCAAGCUCAUUCUGAGCCUUGAGCCAGAUGAGGACCCCCUGUGCAUGCUGCUGCUUAUCGACCACCUGGCCUUACGGGCCCGGAAUUAUGAGUACCUGAUCCGCCUCUUCCAGGAGUGGGAGGCUCAUCGAAACCUGUCCCAGCUCCCAAAUUUUGCCUUCUCUGUUCCAUUGGCUUAUUUCCUUCUGAGUCAGCAAACAGACUUACCUGAGCAUGAGCUCAGCUCUGCCAGGCAACAGGCUUCCCUCCUGAUGCAGCAGGCGCUCACCAUGUUCCCUGGAGUCCUUAUGCCAUUGCUGGAGUAUUGCAGUGUGCGGCCUGAUGCCACAGUCUCAAACCACCGCUUCUUUGGGCCGGAUGCUGAGAUAAGCCAGCCUCCCGCCCUGAGUCAGCUGGUGCGUCUGUACCUGGGGAGGUCACACUUUCUUUGGAAAGAACCCGCCAUUAUGAGCUGGCUCGAGGAAACUGUCCAUGAGGUUCUGCAGGCAGUGGAUUCGGGAGACCCUGCUGUGGAGGCCUGUGAGAACAGGCGGAAACUGUUGUACCAGCGUGCACCCAGAAACAUCCACCGCCAUGUGAUACUGUCCGAGAUCAAGGAGGCUGUCGCUGCCCUACCCUCGGAUGUGACCACACAGUCUGUGAUGGGGUUUGACCCUCUGCCUCCUCUGGACACCAUCUACUCCUACGUCAGACCAGAGAGGCUGAGUCCAGUCAGCCACGGAAACACAAUUGCCCUCUUCUUCCGGUCUUUAUUGCCAAAUUACACCACAGAGGGGGAGAGGCUGGAGGAAGGAGUGGCCAGGGGUCCGACCCGCAAUCAAGGCUUGAACAGGCUGAUGUUGGCCGUACGUGACAUGAUGGCCAACUUCCACUUCAACGACCUGGAGGUGCCUCGGGAGGACAAUCCUGAGGGCGAGGGGGACUGGGACUGAACUGUCCAGACGCUGGUGCCCAGAGCCGUGCAAUCAUGUUCCUGAUUUCAUUUCUGGUUGGAGUUAACCAGUCCCGAGUAGAGAUGCUGACCAUGCCAUCACCCGUGUCUUUUGUUUUCCCUCUGAAUGGAGUGGGUUAUGCUCCACGAGUGAGCUUCCGCCAGUGUCCUCAGAAGCAGUGACCCCACACUGAAUGCACCCUACUUGUGCCUCACACUUCGGAAUUUGUAACAUGGCACACAGAAGGGUUAUCCCAGGGUCUGCAGCAACAGGACCCUGUCUGCUCCUUGCUAGAGGGCACUGAACCUCCACACCCAGCGUGUUUGCAGCGCUGAGGUUAGACCCAGGGCCUAGCACACAAUCUGCCACUGAAUGACAGUCCCAGCCUGGGAAUCUUAGUAGAAAACUUGGCAGGCUGGAGACGGGUCUCAGCUGGUAGACUGUUGGCUUAGUGUGCGCACUGCUUAGGACUUGAUCUCAGUGUUCAUGUGUAAUCUUGGCAAGAGAGAGGGACAAGAGAGAGGGACAAGAGGACUAGAAAACUUCAGGAUCAUCCUUUGCUACAUAAUGAGUUCAAAGCCAGUCUUAGUCACAGGAGACCCAGCUCAAAAGAGAUGCACGGGGGGCUUAGAAUUGAAAGAGAGGAAAAACAAAAAAACAAAAAAACAAAACAGGUUUGAGGCAGGAAACUGUCCUAAGCAGGUAAGGAGCACUCUACAGAGAUUGAGGGUGUUUGAUUCUGGGACGAGUUAGGAGCCCUGACCAAGAACCCCAGGCCAUGGCAGAGACAAAGACCACAGCCAGGCAAAGUUAGAGAUCCAUGUCUCAUGAGCUGUCUGUGGAAAGAUGCAGGCUGCUGAGAUAUUACAAGCUGCACCCCAACAGAACCUAGAGAAGGCUAUAGUCUGUGGAGCAGGAUCUUAGCUGUGCGAUGGCCAGCAAGGUCUCCUAAGUCUUGGUUCAGUGAUGCCUUCCUGGGAGGUACGUGUUUCAGACAUCACGGGAUGAUUUGGUAUGGAGUAGACACAAAGCACGCUUCGGGAAUGUCCUGAGGCUUUGAAAUGGCUCAGUGAGAAAAGGCACUGGCUGCCUAGCCUGAUGACCCGAGUUCAAUCCCCAGGACUCCUAUGGUGAAUAGUGAGAGCUAACUCCUCCUAUGGCAUGACCUCUGACCUCCACACAGACACUGUGGAUGUGCAGAGCUACAGAAAUACACUCAAGACGAGGAAAAGAGAUGGCUUGGGGUUAAAGCACUGUGCAGAAGCUCAGGCUAUGAACUUAAGCACACAUGGUGGGUGGCUUACAACUACCCAUAAUUCCAGCUCCAGCGUACAAACAUACACAUAGAAAUAAAAUUCUUUAAAAAGGAGGCCUUAAUAGGUGCUCUGGGGCAAGGGGCCCUGGAUGUGACUGAGCACGGGGCCACAGCACUGUCUCUUCAGCAGGAUAUUGAGGGUUUACUUGUACCCAUCUAUAGUCAGCCUAAUGUCAGCCCAUUUCUAAGUUGGCCAUUUGCAGGAGGGACUUCGUGUUCAACAUACAUGCCUGGUAAGAGGUCACAGGUCACAUGAAUUGGUUCUACAUCUCUGUUUUUUCUCCAGCAUGAAUUGGCAAGGCCAUGAAGUCUGGAUACAGGCUCCACUACUUCUGCUUGUGGGUCAGCAGGGGCAUGGGGAGGGCAGGCCUGAGGGGCAUGGCUCCCACCAGUUGCCUCACCUCCUGGGUGUGGUGGGAGAAUGUACGCCCAGUCCCAGGGAGCGUUGAUGCCAAGAUAGUCCUAAUUCAGUGUGUAAGUCCCAGUUUCCCAGUCGGAAGGCCUGUGGUGAGUUUCAGCUAUGGGGAGGAGGGAUUACCUAGGAAUGGGUGUGUGUUCUGGAAAUGACAAGCAAGCACAGAAAACCUGGCAUCCUGCCUCUUCCUUUCAGCAGCUGUAAGUCCAUCCAGAUGGGGAUGUAACAUCUGGAGCUGCAGCAGCUAUUCUACAAUCAUGAGACAACGAAUUCCAAAAUGAAGAACCAUGCUCUAGGAACACUGAAGCAGAGGAUACCCUGGGCCUCCAGGAACGUCCCACCUCCAGGCCUGUUUCCUGAGAGGCCGUCAAAUGAUCAGCUUCAGAAGUAUUGCUCAGACUUUCAACUGAAUCCAUUUCUAAUGGUGAAAAAUAAAACCAGUCCCUCACACCAUCUGUGGAUCAUCAUCGGGAAAAGUAACUUUCUGAGACAGGAUCUCACUGUGUAGCCCGUAGUGGCCUGGAGCUUGUUCUGUAGACCAGGCUGCCCUUUACUCUGUAGACCAGGCUGGUCCCAGAGAUCCGCCUGCCUCUGUCUCCCAAAUGUUAGGAUUAAAAGAGUGGACCACCACACCUAACCUGCAUGUCAUCUAAACAGCUUUAAAGUCUGACCUGUCACCCAGGUAGGGGUGACAGUGUAUCCCGCUCCUCCUACUCCUCCCUGUCCCUCCUCAGUCUCACAAGAGGUGCCUGCCUAUGUGUUCUGUGCAGAAUUGUUGGUCAUUUGUGCAUUUUCAUGUAGUCAGGGAGAAAACCUGUUUGCUGCCUCUCAGAGAAAGUUCAGAAAAAAUGAAAGACUUUCAAACAAA